AUGACCUCUUACCAUGCUGUCCCCAUUAAUGACAGAUCAGAAAGUCCAGCGUCAUUUAAGACCAAAUCACGUUCAGUGAUUGCAACAGUCAUGUUGACUAUUUGUAUAGUUUCCUUUGUUCUUCAGACUGAGCUGGCCCAGUAUGUUCAGCAAACUACAGACUACCAGAAACCAUAUUUUAUUCUUUAUGUUAGUCACUCAUGCUACAUAUUUAUGAUACCAAUUCAAUUUCUGGCAGAGUGUAUAGGAAGAGGCUGGCCAACUAAGCCCUCUGCUGCAUUGGGCCAUGUCAUAGAGACAGCUGGACAUUGUAAAAAUGAACUAGCUCAAUCUCUUCUUGAACUUCAGGGUCGAGUCAAGGGCGAAAACACCACAAACAGACUUAGUAUACGUUUUAUCAUCUCAACGGGUCUCUGGCUCGCGAUACUUUUGACACUACCUGCUUACUUGUGGUAUGUAAGUGUCAACUUGACGAGCAUGUCAAACCUUACAGCGAUAUACAACACCGGCUGUUUCUUCGCCUACGUCUUUUCAGUCUGGCUGCUUCAUGACCGUCUUAUGGCUACCAAGAUUGCUGCUAUUUUGCUAUGCAUGAUCGGUGUUUUUCUCAUGGCUUUCUGGACACCCGGCGAUCAACCUGCACAAAGCCAGACUCUCGGCAUUUCGGUUGCAGUCUUGGGGGCAGCCCUUUAUGGUUUCUAUGAAGUAUAUUACAAAAAGUAUGCUUCUCCGUCACAAGCUUCCGUUCUUUUUGCCAAUACUGUCACUGGUGCCAUUGGAAUAAUCACUUUAUUAAUAUUAUGGAUUCCUUUGCCAGUCCUCCACUUCUCUGGUUACGAAACCUUUGAAUUGCCUGACCUAGAGACAUUUGUAUAUAUCCUGGGAAUUGCGUCAAUGAGCGUUGUGUACAACGCUACAUUCAUGUGCGUGAUCGCACUUGUGAAUCCUGUGUUUGCGGCCGUGGGAGUGAUGCUUACAGUACCUGCUGUUGCGGUUACUGACGUACUAGUCACUGGCGUUAUGGUACCAGGAUCAACUUUAGUUGGCAGUAUUCUUAUUUUAAUCGGAUUUUACAUCCUCAACCGACAAGUCAAAAAUGAAACAGAGGAAAUUGACAUCUCUUAA